GCCCCCGGGGCGCCGCCGCCCCCCUCCCCGUGCCGGCGCUCCGCACAAAGGCCGGGGGGCCGCGGCCCCCGCACAAAAGGCGGCGGGAGCGGCCCCGCGGCGGGAGGCGCAGCCCAGCUCGGACCGGAACGCGGCCGCGGGCCCGCGGAGAAGAAGGCGAAGGUGAUCGCCGUGAUGAACGUGGUGGAGGAGCCGGCGCGGGCCGAGGCGCAGAAGGAGGAGGAGGCGAGCCCCCCGCCCGCCCCCCAGCAGCCCACCGACCCCGCCUCGCCCAGCGUGGCCACCACCCCCGAGCCCGCGGUGGCCGACGCGGGCGACAAGAACACCUCCAAAUCCGCCGACGACGAGCCCGAGUACGAGGACGGGCGCGGGUUCGGCAUCGGGGAGCUGGUGUGGGGGAAGCUGCGCGGCUUCUCCUGGUGGCCCGGGCGCAUCGUGUCCUGGUGGAUGACGGGCCGGAGCCGCGCGGCCGAGGGCACCCGCUGGGUGAUGUGGUUCGGGGACGGCAAGUUCUCGGUGGUGUGCGUGGAGAAGCUGCUCCCCCUGAGCUCCUUCGCCAGCGCCUUCCACCAGGCCACCUACAACAAACAGCCCAUGUACCGCAAGGCCAUCUACGAGGUGCUGCAGGUGAGCGGGGACAGCGGGGGGACA